CGCGCCCCCUCCGAGACGGCCAUGGCGGCCCCGCGCCGGCCCCCUCCGCCGGGGCUGCUGCUGCUGCUGCUGCUGCUGGCGCUGCUGGACCGGGGCGGAGGCGGGCCCGCCGCGCUGCCCCCCGGCUGCAAGCAGGACGGCGGCGCGGGAGGCGGCGGCCGCCCCAGGAGCGGCAAGGCUCCGGCCGACGGAGGAGCGGCCGCGGGGGCGAAGGUGGUCUGCAGCAGCCUGGAGCUGGACCGCGUCCUGCGCCCCGACGCGCUGCCCGACCGGACGGUCACCCUGAUUCUGAGCAACAAUAGGAUAUCAGAAUUGAAGAAUGGUUCUUUUGCUGGAUUAAACCACCUUGAACGGUUAGACCUGAAGAACAAUCUCAUUAGUGCUAUAGAUCCAGGAGCUUUCAUAGGACUUUCAUCUUUAAAAAAAUUAGACUUAACGAACAAUCGAAUUGGAUGCCUAAGCACUGAUAUAUUUAAAGGACUGACAAAUCUCAUUAGAUUAAAUCUUUCAGGAAACUUGUUUUCAUCACUUGCACAAGGAACAUUUGAUCAUCUUACUUCACUAAAAUCUUUAGAAUUUCAGACUGAUUAUCUUCUAUGUGAUUGUAAUAUGUUGUGGAUGCAGCAGUGGUUACAGGACAGAAACAUAACGGUACGCGAGACCCGAUGUGCUUUCCCCAAGUCGCUACAGGCUCAGCUGGUUCUGAGCGUAAAGCAGGAACUUAUGACAUGUGAGCCACCUCUGGAGUUACCAUCUUUCUACAUGACCCCCUCUCAUCGUCAGGUUGUAUUUGAAGGAGACAGUCUGCCUUUCCAGUGUAUGGCUUCAUAUAUUGAUCAGGACAUGCAGGUUUUGUGGUAUCAGGAUGGCAAGAUAGUAGAAACUGAUGAAUCCCAGGGGAUUUUUGUUGAAAAGAAUAUGAUUCAUAACUGCUCACUCAUUGCAAGUGCCCUGACCAUCUUAAAUAUUCAAGCUGGAUCUACUGGCAACUGGGGUUGCCAUGUGCAGACCAAACGUGGGAAUAAUUCAAGGACUGUUGACAUUGUUGUAUUGGACAGCUCUGCACAAUACUGUCCUCCGGAAAGAGUUGUCAACAAUAAAGGUGACUUCAGGUGGCCUCGAACGUUGGCAGGCAUUACCGCGUACCUGCUGUGCACUCGUUACUCAGCUGGCAGCGGAAUCUAUACUGGCAACUCUCAAGAUGAGAAGAGAGCUUGGCGCAGAUGUAACAGGGGAGGAUUCUGGGCUGAAGAGGAUUACUCGCGGUGCCAAUAUGCUAAUGAUGCCACUAGAGUCCUGUACAUGUUUAAUCAGAUGCCUCUCAACCUUACUAAUGCUGUGGCAACAGCACGGCAGCUUUUGGCUUAUACUGUGGAAGCAGCAAACUUUUCUGACAAGAUGGAUGUUAUUUUUGUGGCUGAAAUGAUAGAAAAAUUUGGGAGAUUUGCCGAGAAGUACAAAGAGCUUGGUGACGUGAUGGUUGACAUUGCAAGUAAUAUCAUGCUAGCCGAUGAGCUCAUCUUGUGGAUGGCACAGAGAGAAGAAAAAGCUUGUACUAGAAUUGUACAGUGUUUACAGAGGAUUGCAACGUACCGACUAGCAAAUGGUGCUCAGGUUUACUCAACGUAUUCUCCAAAUAUUGCAGUGGAAGCCUAUGUCAUAAAGGGCUCAAGCUUCACUGGGAUGACGUGCACCGUAUUCCAGAAGGUGGCUGCGACAGACCGCACGGGACUGCCUGACUAUGGGCGAAGGGACCUGGAUGGAAAUCUGGAUAAGCAACUGGGCUUUAAGUGCAAUGUCUCCAAUACAUUGUCAAGCCUGGCACUUAAGAACACUGUUGUGGAGGCAUCUAUACAACUGCCACCUGCCCUUUUUUCACAAAAGCGCAGAAGAGAAGUCAAGCCAGCAGAUGAUACAGUCUACAAGCUGCAACUUAUUGCAUUCCGCAAUGGGAAACUCUUCCCAGCCACAGGGAAUUCAACAAUUUUAGCUGAUGACAGAAAGCGGUGCACUGUGGUCACGCCAGUAAUCCUCACCAAAAUAGAUGGCUUAAGUCUACCCCAUCAGCACAUUCCUAUUAAUGUGACAUUGAGACGCAUUGCACAUGGCGCAGACGCUGUUGCGGCACAGUGGGACUUUGAUUUGUUGAACGGACAAGGAGGAUGGAAAUCGGAUGGAUGCCACGUUCUUUCUUCAGAUGAAAAUGUCACUACCAUACAGUGCUACUCGCUCAGUAACUAUGCCGUCUUGAUGGAUUUGACAAAGACAGAAUUAUAUACCCAGUCAGUUGGCCUUCUGCAUCCAGUGACCUAUGCCUCUGCUGUGAUUCUUCUGAUGUGCCUCUUGAUGAUCAAAGUUAGCUACAUAUACCAUCACAGUGUAAUCAGGAUCAGCUUGAAAAGUUGGCACAUGUUAGUGAACCUCUGCUUUCAUAUCUUCUUGACAUGUGUGAUGUAUGUUGGAGGCAUAACCCAGAGCAAGAAUGCCACUGUUUGCCAAGCAGUUGGAAUAAUUCUGCACUACUCUACGCUGGCCACAUUACUGUGGAUGGGAGUCACUUCUAGGAACAUUUACAAGCAAGUCACAAGAAAAGUGAAAAGAUGUCAAGAUCCCGAUGAACCACCACCUCCUCCCAGGCCAAUGCUUAGGUUCUACCUGAUUGGUGGAGGUAUCCCUGUCAUUGUUUGUGGGAUAACAGCUGCAGCAAACAUCAGAAAUUAUGGAAGCAGACCUAAUGCAGCCUACUGCUGGAUGGCCUGGGAACCAAGCUUGGGAGCUUUCUAUGGACCUGCCAGUUUCAUCAUUUUUGUAAACUGCAUGUAUUUUCUCAGCAUAUUUAUACAAUUGAAACGGCACCCCGAGCGCAGGUUUGAGCUUAAAGAACCAACUGAAGAACAGCAGCGAUUGGCCUCCAAUGAACAUGGGGAACUAAACCAUCAAGAUUCAAUGUCUGUCUCGCUGGUUUCUUCUUCCGUUUUGGAAAACGAGCACAGUUUUCAUGCUCAGCUGCUGGGUGUGAGCCUCACUUUGUUUCUUUAUGUGACUCUGUGGAUUUUGGGUGCUUUUGCUGUUUCUUUAUCUUACCCUUUGGAUUUGGUAUUCAGCUGCUUUUUUGGAGUUGUGUGUUUAAGUCUUAGUGGUUUUCUAAUAAUACAUCACGGUAUUGUCAGAGAAGAUAUUAGGCAUGCUUGGAUAACAACUUGCUGCCCUGGAAGGAGCACAUACUUGGUACAGGUUAACAUUCAGCCCUCUUCCAAUACAGGUGGGACAAAUGGGGAGUCUGCCAAGUGCACCAAUAGCAGCGCAGAAUCUUCGUGCACUAAUAAAAGCACAUCAAGCGUAAGAAAUUCUUCUCAAGGUUGCAAACUGACCAAUAUCCAGGCUGCAGCAGCUCAGUGUCCUCCUGGCCCUUUAGCACUGAACACGGGCCCACCGCUUGAUAACAGUCUUACCGAACACUCGGUAGACAAUGAGAUCAAAAUGCACGUGGCCCCUUUAGAGGCACCUUUGCGGCCAAAUGGGCACCCAAGUCGUCAUCACAAAAACAGAAAUAAAGGACACCGUGCCAGCAGGCUGACAGUCUUACGGGAGUACGCUUAUGACGUCCCCACCAGUGUUGAGGGGAGCAUCCAGAACGGCUUGCCGAAAACUCGUCAAAACAGCAGUGAAGGACAUUCCAGAAGCCGGAGAGCUUAUCUGGCAUACCGAGAGCGGCAGUAUACUCAGUCCCAACAAGACAGCAGUGAUGCUUGUAGUACUCUUCAAAAAGGCCACAGGAACACUGAAAAGACAGCUCCGACAAACUUCAAAAAGGACUUACUAAGGAAGCCGAUAGUGGUUGAGCUUGAAGGGCAGCAGAAAUCCUAUGGCUUAAAUUUGGCUACCCAAAACGGGCCAUUGAAAAGCAGUGCCCAAGAUGGGACAUUGCUAAGUGCCGACAGCACCGGCAAUAUCAGGACUGGGUUAUGGAAGCAUGAAACUACUGUAUAAUAAGGUUGGAGGCUGAAGGGUAUCAAAAGAAAGGUUCCUUUUCAGAUCAGAACAAUUUUCUACAGUUUACAAUCAAAGGUACUUUAAGUUGGGAGACUAGGAGAUAGGGGAGAAGAUCUGCCAAAUGGAAACACCUUACACCCUUUUGAAGUAUAUCACUGACAUUUUUACAAAGAAUAGUUGUUCUUUGUGAAUUUUUUUAAAUUAUCAGAUUCUGUUUUGAUGCAGAAUUGGAUACUUACAUUUUUUACAUAUAACUUUUUCUCUUCUAGACAUGUCCAAUGCAUUUCACUUUUAUAUUUAAAUGUGUAAAAUAAAUAAGUUUCUUUAAAAUCUUGUUAUGUGCCAUAUUGGUUCAAAUAGCGAAAGGGGCAGGAGGGUGAAUUGUCGUUUGUAUUUAUACAUUAGUGGUUCUUUUAAGUGCCUUAGAACGAACAGAUUUCAGCUGCUGACAAUUUGUGGCUUUGGGGUGACAUAAACUCUUGGAAUGGCCUUUCCUGUCAUCAACAUCUAGUUACUUUUCAUGUAGGAAAAAUAUUUUGAAAUGUUUCUAAGUCACCGUUGCAUGACUCUGCACAGAACACAUCCAGAUCUGCCAGGGCUGUUUGUCUACAAGUUAGUAGAGGACAUCCCAUCAAGUUAAUGCUGUCUUCCUUACUCUGGACAAGGUACAGUAAACAUAUGCCAAAGAUGGCUGUGCAGGUCAUAUCCAGCUCUUGAACUGGAAAAAGUACAUCCUGUGUAACAGGCAUGUGCCUCUAAACUUUUUAGGUUUCUAGAUAUCCAGACUGUGUAGCCCAAACACCUUUAUACUUACCAGUUUGUUUGUUUUAUCAGAAAUGAUCAGGAAAUGUUUUUUUUAAAGGAAAAAAGUGCUCUUAGAGUAGUUCAAGAAAUAAAUCCAUGCCGUAGGUCAGCUUACGAGUUACCUUUUAGUUGUGCACUUCUUAACUGUGCAUUUUAAAAUGGUACAGAGACAUGCGUGACUUUAAAUAUCAAACAGAAGAAAAGAUGUUGUGGGUCUAGCAGGUCAUGGAGUUCUGACUACAACAUCUAUCUUUUUUCCUAUAUCAGCAAUUUUAGUAACAAUUUAACUGUUCCGUACGUGCACUGAAUUAGUGUAUCCCACAGCAAAACAUCUUGAUGUCUAAAGAUCACCUGGGAAUUGCAGACAAUAAAAAUAGUUUGCAUAUCUGUUGGUCCCUUUUCUCUUCUGUUACUACACCUCCCUUCUGUCAUUUUUUUUUCUUUAGUGAAAUUGCUUCUCUGGCCUUCUUAAAAUCGUCUUCCAUUUCGUCUCCAUCCCAGUUACUAAUAUACUCAGAUGGUUUAAGUUCUUUAAAUGGGAGAGUUUAGGGUGUAUAUAAUGCUUGUGCUGGAAAGUAUCAUUUGUCUGUUACCAGAGGAACUCAAUAAAGCCACGUUUUGGUACUUUUUGUAAUAAACAGUUCCAAGCAUUCCAUAGAUAUAAGCUGUGUACUGAUUAAUCAUUUCUGAGAGCUAGGGAUAAAUUGGGUAGAGAUUCAUAGAAGCAUCUUCAUUAAGUUGUCUGUACUUCUGUGAGUCUCUCGUAUGAAUUAGGUGAAACAGUGGUUGUGUUUGUUUAGCCAAUGUCAAGUGAAAAUGAAAGAUCUGAGAACAGUUGGUAUUCAAUGAGCGUUUUUACAUGUAGCAACUGAUAAUCUCAUGGCACUGAGAAUUGUACAGAUAAACAAUAAUUUGUUUCUAUCAGUUAGUUUUUGUAGCUGAGUCUGUUACGAAAGUGGCUGGUGAUCCAAAGCUGAAAAUUUUCAUUGUUAAAUUCUAGCACCCCAAUGCUCUUCAGGUCUCGGAGACAAAGGAUUCAAAAUGGCAAAUGUACUGUUUUAUCAGAAAAUUGGCAAAAUGUGUCACAACUUUUCCAUUUUUCUUAAGGAAUUAUUAAAUAUUUUCCUGGAGUUGGUGUUGAGUAAGUUGGCCUGAGGGUCAAAAUUAGGAUUUUUUUCUCUUUGCAGAUUUCCAAAGAAUUACUUCAGGCAGGCCGUGCCUGUGCCCAAAUGUGUACACUGUUUUUAAAGCAGAGGGGAGAGGACUGCUCUUUGAGAAGCGAAGCUACUGAAUUACAGUUUCUUUUCUUUAUGUAAUUUUUCCUUUAAAGUGACUUAAUUCCAAGGCAGAACUAUUAAGGACAUUUGAAGGCAAAAGCAGUAA